CACUAUUAUCAAGCCACUCAAUUUGCAACUGCAAAUUUCGUAUUGCCCUAUUUUGGUUUGGGACAAAUGUAUGUGCAUCGAGAAGAGUUGGAUAACGCGAUAAUCUGCUUCGAGAAAGUAUUGAAGUUACAUCCGUCGAAUUACGAUACGCUCAAAGUAUUAGGUUCAUUAUAUGCACAUUCUGAACCGAUUGAACAAAAAGAGAAACUAGAAAGACGACAGAAGGCAAAAGAAUUAUUGAAGAAAGUGGUGGAGAUGUGUGCUGACGAUGUUGAAGCAUUAAUUGAACUCGCCCAACUAACUGAAUCUUCUGAUCCGCAGGUGCAUCUAAUACAAUUCUUAUUUUUUUUUCAUUCGCUCUCUAUCGAUCAUAUCGCUUCAUUGGAUGCGUACACGAAAGCAGCGGAUUUCUUGCAGAAUACACUCCAAGUUGAUGUACCUCCCGAAAUUACAAAUAAUAUUGGUUCAUUAGCAUUCUCGAUGGGACAGUAUCAACGAGCAAAAGAAUCAUUCGAAAAAGCGUCGCAGAAGAUCUCAGAUGAUAUAAGUGCGGGACACAAUGAAUUGAGUGGAUUACAAACGACAGUAACGUAUAAUUUAGCUCGAUGUUUAGAAAUGCUGUGUUUAUUCGAUGAUGCUGAAAGGCUUUAUAAAAGCAUUCUUCAUGAAAAGCCGAGUUACAUUGAUUGUUAUAUGCGGUUGGGUUGUCUUGCGCGUGAUAAGGGUCAAAUAUACGAAUCAUCUGUUUGGUUUAAGGUUUAUUUGGGUUUUAUUGUUUGAAGCGAUGAGCGUGAAUCAGACGCAUGCGGAUGCAUGGACAUUAAUCGGUAA